AUGAAAACACUGUUCCGAUACCUAAGCGCGAAGAUGGUGAAGCAGAACCUGAGUGAGAUCCUCCCGGCUGCCCCCUGGGAGGGAAUAGCCGCGAUGGGACUGGAGAUCCUCGCCCGAACUGAGGCGCAUUGGUUCCAGUAUCCACCUCCAUCCAGCUUUGCUCACGCCGUGGUCACCGUCCUCUACGCGAUCAUCUUCUUCCUCGGUGUCGCGGGCAACGGCGCCGUCCUCUACCUCACAAUCAGCUCUGGGUCUCCUCCUCCCCCGCCUCCUAGGUCAAAGGACCUGUCGAGGAAGACGAACUCCUUCCUGCUGAACCUGGCCGUGAGCGACCUCCUCAUGAUGUUCACCAUCCCCAUCAUCGUCGUCAAUUCGCUUCACGAGGGUCCCGUCCUCGCCGUCCCAGGUGAGCCGAUGCCGGGUAGGAAAACCUCCCAUAACGCCGAUGAUACAGAAAUCCCCAACGCCCACAGCUUUGCCCGGGGCUAUCUCCGCCAUCUCGCGACAGAUUGA